AAUUAUAAAUGAUCAAACAAGGACAUUCAUUAUCACUUAACACCAAGCCUUCCCCAAAAAAUAAAACAAAAUGAAAAUCAAACUUCCUUUUGGCAUUAUCUGCUUCACUUGCAUCACCGUCUGCUUUGCAGAGAAUGGUAGCCUCCAGGACACCUGCCCAACUGCUACAACUGAGAAACAAACAAUCUUCAUCAAUGGUUUCCCGUGUAAGGAUCCAGCCACCAUCAUCGCUUCGGAUUUUAAGUCCUCAAAAUUGAAGAAUCCUGGCGACACGGACAACUUUUACCAGUCCUCGAUGAUCCUUACCACUGCUGCAGAUUUCCCAGGCCUUAACACUCUUGGCCUUUCAAUUGGAAGAACUGAUCUUGACCUGGAUGGUCUUGUAAUGCCUCACUCUCAUCCCAGAGCCUCUGAGCUGUUCUUCGUCUUCAAAGGCGUUGUGAUAGCCGGUUUUGUCGACACCUCAAACAAGCUUUUCCAAACGGUUCUUGGCGCAGGAGAUGUGUUUGUGAUCCCCAAAGGGCUACUUCACUUCUGCUUCAACAUUGGUUAUGAAUUUGCAACUGUUUUCUCAGUGUUUAACAGCCAGAAUCCUGGGCUGGUUAGCAUCAGCGGUGCCAUGUUCGAACUAGAUUCGGAGGUUAUCAGUAAGCUUAAAAGGAAAUUAAUCUCAGUUUCCACAAUGGAAGAUGAUCACAUCCUUAAUGAAACAUUUUCAAAAUUUUUCAAUCAGUAAAUCACAGAAAUACUAUGUGUUUGUCUCAUGAAAGAACAUUUGUACUUAAAUGCUUAUAAAUUAUCAUAAAGACACAAACAUAUAAAUUUUUAUUUGACUGUUCGAGUAUUUUGGUCUA